AUGUUUUCGUUUAUGCUUCGUUCUACAUCCCGCCAACCAAGUGCCGCUGCUUCCGCCACUGUCAUGGUGUCUGCUCUUGGUUUGGCCAACUGUUCGAUAGCCGCGCGCAACGCUGAAGAACCUAAGGUGGCACUGAGCCCCAAUGAGUUUCGUUCGUUAAAAGUGACGAAAGUGGAAGACGUGACCCACGAUACCAAACGCCUCGUGUUUGCGUUGCCUUCUAAAGAGCACGAGAUGGGCCUCAGGACGGCUAGCUGUCUCAUGGCAAAGGCUGAAUUGAAUGGCAAGGCGGUCGUCCGUCCGUACACGCCCACGAACACAAACGCCGAGAAGGGUCAGUUGGAGCUCGUGGUCAAGGGCUACCCAAACGGAAAAUUGAGCAAACACAUUGUCAACCUCAACGUAGGCGAUAAGCUGGCCAUGAAGGGCCCGUUUAUCAAGUUUGAGUACAAACCGAACGAGUAUAAGAGUAUUGGCUUCAUUUGCGGUGGCUCGGGCAUCACUCCAGCGCUGCAGGUAGUGAAGGAGAUUUGUCGCAACCCGAACGAUUCAACACAAGUAGCGCUUAUCUUUUGCAAUAAAACGGAGAAGGACAUCAUCCUCCGUGAUGAGCUGGACGCCCUGCAGCACAUGUACUCGCAGUUUCAGGUGCACUACGUGCUGAGCGAGGCCGAUGCAGACUGGGAGGGCUACACAGGCUACGUGACCAAGGAGCUCAUCGAAAAGCUUCUACCUGGACCGUCAAACGAUAGUUUCGUUGGCGUGUGUGGUCCCCCUCCCAUGAUGGACGCUAUCUCAGGUGACAAGUCCCCAGACCGGAGCCAGGGAGAGCUCAAGGGUCUGCUUAAAGACGCGGGAUACACCAGCACUCAAGUUUUCAAGUUCUAA